CGUACGCGUUCGAAUAUUCUUAUCAAUAUGACACAUUCGCACGCAACGAAACGAGUUUCGAUCAUCUCCAUCUCGGAGCGGAUGCAGAUACCGGCGUCUAAGCCCAAAGCGCGGUUUGGAUGCAGACACACGCAGGCUCUACUGAUGGCUAUAGGCUUCUUAUGCUGCUACGCCAUUAGGGUGACCACAUCGGUGACAUUGGAAGCAAUGACCAAUGCAAAGGACGCAAAUCCUGAUUUCAUAGAAUUGCCAUGGGACCAUACGAUCAAGGACGUAAUUCAAAGUUCUUUCUUUUGGGGAUACGUAUGGACACAAGUAAUCGGUAGCAUAGUGGCGCAACGUUGGGGAGCACACAAAAUGUUCACAUUGGCACAAUUUGUUUGCGGUUUGGUAACAAUCGCAAUUCCUCUACUUGCCCAAUACUGUGGAUGGGAAGCGGUUUGUGCUUCUAGAGUAAUCGCCGGUUUAUUUCAAGGCACCGUCCUUCCCUGUCUUCACACCUUACUUUCAAAGUGGGCUCCUAUAGAAGAAAGAGGAAGAAUAUCAACCUUCGUUUACACUGGAGGGUGGAUUGGAAAUGUACUUUGUUUGCUGAGUACGGGUCAACUGUCGGGUUCCGUUUUGGGUUGGCCCAGCUGUUUCUACGUGUGGGGCGGUAUUACUAUUGCUUCCAGUAUAUUAUUCUUUGUUGCCGGAAAAGAAUCACCAAACGAACAUCCAACUAUACCACGCGAUGAAAAAGAGUAUAUUGAAACUAGCCUUGGAAUAAUGGAAACAGAAGAGAAAUUACGAACUCCGUGGAUUGCAAUAUUAACUAGUAUUCCAAUGUGGGCACUGCUGGCUACCCAAUCUGGUCACAAUUGGGGCUUUUGGAUGCUUUUAACAAAGAUUCCUUCAUACAUUGCAUCCGUUUUUAAAAUGGAUAUUAAACAAAAUGGUGUUCUUAGUGCGCUACCAUAUUUAACAGCAUGGCUUCUCAGUUUUCCGAUCAGCAAUAUUUCGGAUCUUCUCAUCAAACGAAAUAUUUGGACCGUUCAAGCAUCGAGAAAGAUUUGUAACACGAUCGGUCAAUGGAUUCCAGCUAUUGCGUUAAUUGGUCUUGGAUAUAUUGACACGGAACAACCCAAUAUUGCAAUAUUGCUUUUGGUAAUCGCAGUUUCUAGUAAUGUUGGUGUUUACUGUGGACACAAUGUAAAUCACAUGGAUCUUAGUCCAAACUUUGCCGGUCCUUUAAUGGGAAUCACAAACACUGUGGCAAAUAUUUGCAGUAUUUUGGCUCCACUAGUUGCCUCCGUUGUCAUCCAGAACCCGACCAACGUAGCAGAAUGGAGAAACAUAUUCUUUUUGUCAGCUAUAAUAUGUUUUGUUGGCAAUCUCAUAUUCAUUGUGUUCGGUACAAGUAAAAUUCAACCAUGGAACGAUCCGGUCAAUGAAAGGAAGGGCAUUACCAUGAAUUCUGUAACAGAAUCAUCAGUGGAAAAUGGGCAUGAACAAAAAGCAAAAAACAUUGAAAACAUAGGCACAAACAAAUACUUAUGA